CCAAGUAUAAAUUGAUAAUGGGAGUAGCACCGGUCAAUCAACCAAGAUAAUCCUUACCUCCACGCUAAAACGUGCUCUACCACUCUAUGGUAAUCUAAGGCUGCUGCUAUGUGUAGAAUCGUCCUGGAAGGAAGAGUUGGAUGGGCAGAGAGGAGCGAUGGUAUUGACAAACGUCGUCCAGCCAAACUUCGCAACAGUGACAGCACAGAAUCUUCAUCGAUGGAUGCCACCCAUUCUAGCUUAUCCAUUGCUCCAAAUGCAUGUACAACUAUCUGAAGCCGAUCGACCAUGCAUUGUCGAAGUGCUGAUAUGCUCAGUUCAUCCUGCUCCUCUUCAUAUGUAAACUCGCUACCCGAUGAAAUUACUUGGCCGUUGCACAGGACUCGAACAGGAACGGAACCACUCAUGGAAGCUGGCGGUACUAUAACCGAGAGUACUCCGACUUGUAUCAAUCUUGCUGGUAUUCGUCGUUCUCCGAACAUUACAGUAUAAUCGUGACCCUUCAUGUACCAUCCUCCAAUCACCAACACUUUUGUGCCACCCUUCACGCAUCCAGUAUUAGGUGUGAUAUCUGUGAUCGGUGUAAGACACGUGGAUGGCUGAUUAUCUUGCACAUUUGAUGAAUGCGAAGCAGGCAUAUCCUCAUCCUGAUUACUGCUGCGCUGCGUCUCACCGGAAUGCGAACGUCCAUCAGCUGAGUAACCAGUGAGGGUUUCUCUAACUGGCAUGCCGUCCACCAUAUUGUUCAAAGCCGGUGCACCACCAUAACUGACGUCCACUGAAUCACUGAAAGUUGACGGCUGCCUACGCAAAAUCAAUGACGAUAAACCAGGGCGGAAGGCUGAGCUGCACGAAUUCCGUCUCUCCAGUUGAUGUGAAGACCCGUAACUCGAUACAGGCUGACUUUGUGGAGUUGUGACUGCUGUGUGAGAUCCUAGCAGUGGCUUCCCCUCAUGCUCAUCCUUGUUAUUGGACGGAGGACCUCGCAAAAUACUACCCAAUUUCUCACAGAUGCAUGCAAUAUCUUGUUGGUUUAACAUAUUGGCAUAAAUGGGAGAAAUCUGAUCUAGGAGUUGCUGUUGUCCAAGAUUCAAACUGUUCAACUUGAUACAUGCCAGGAUCUUGUCCAUGAUGUUCUUGGUGUUCGGUUCCGUUUCAGUGUUAAGGUAAUGUACAAGAGCGUAAUCGGGGUUGUUUGUUAGCCAAUAAACUCUUCUAUGGAACGUUGGAACGACAGAAGAGUGCGCAUAAUUUGCAGAUAUGAUUUCUUGCUUAUUCACCUUCAACUUCAUAUGGUCUUCCCGUAUUACUUUUCCUUCGCGGCGUUUCUUCCAUUCAUAACCAUCCAUCUUGAACCAAUAACCAUCAAAUCGACAAAACAUGUACUGAGCGCCGCUCUGAGGUCGGAUGGCCACUUGUUGAGUUAUCCAUUCCGGAUGAUUCGGGGCAGAAUAUAGCAGACGGGCAAUUUCCUGAAAAAGCUCCUAGUCUUUGA